CGGCUCUGCCGCCUCCACCUGCCCGCCGGUUCCUCGGCAAAAGGGGGACUCGCCCGGCCCCUCUCCGCCUCUUCCCCUGCAGGGCGCUGGCGGCCCGGCCUCGGGCGGGAGGAUGUGGUGAGAGGAUGGGGCUGUCUCCCGCGGGGGCUCGCCAUGGCCAGGGAGGACUCGGUGAAGUGCCUGCGCUGCCUGCUCUACGCCCUCAACCUCCUCUUCUGGUUGAUGUCCAUCAGCGUAUUAGGUGUUUCUGCUUGGAUGAGAGACUACCUGAAUAAUGUUCUCACUUUAACUGCAGAAACAAGGGUGGAGGAGGCUGUCAUUUUGACUUACUUUCCUGUGGUCCACCCGGUCAUGAUUGCAGUCUGCUGUUUCCUCAUCAUAGUUGGAAUGUUGGGCUACUGUGGAACAGUGAAAAGAAAUCUGUUGCUCCUUGUCUGGUACUUUGGAAGCUUGCUUGUAAUAUUCUGCGUUGAACUGGCCUGUGGUGUUUGGACCUAUGAGCAGGAAAUAACGGUUCCGGUGCAGUGGUCUGAUAUGAUCACGCUGAAAGCCAGAAUGACCAAUUACGGCCUGCCUAGGUACCAGUGGCUCACCCAUGCUUGGAAUUUCUUCCAGAGGGAGUUUAAAUGUUGUGGGGUGGUGUACUUCACAGACUGGCUGGAAAUGACAGAGAUGGACUGGCCGCCUGACUCCUGUUGUGUCAGAGAGUUCCCAGGAUGCUCUAAGCAGGCACAUCAUGAGGAUCUCAGUGACCUUUAUCAGGAGGGAUGCGGUAAAAAAAUGUACAGUUUUCUGAGGGGGACGAAGCAAUUGCAAGUGCUGAGAUUUCUGGGAAUCUCUAUUGGAGUAACGCAGAUCCUGGCUAUGAUCCUCACUAUAACUUUGCUGUGGGCUCUGUACUACGACAGGAGGGAUCCCGGGGCGGAUCAGAUCAUGGCCCUGAAGAGUGACACCUCGCAGCAGCUGUCCUGUCAUUCCGUGGAGCUACUGAAACCAAGCCUGACAAGGAUCUUUGAACACACAUCCAUGGCAAACAGCUUUAAUACACACUUUGAAAUGGAAGAGCUUUAGGUGAUUCAAGGAAUCUGAGAAGUCACAAAGGGGUUCAGUUGGGUUUUGUUGUUGUUUUUAUUCUGUUCCAUCAAGUAUGCCAAAUAUACCAGUCUUGCCAUGCUUAAGAAGACAGCUUGUGAAUGGAAGGAGGCCUGCAUAGAAAGAAGGAAAAGCCUUAGAAGAGCCACGAAACAGUUGAUUUUGUUUGUUUGUUUGUUUGUUUUAAAAGGCACUCAUUCACUGGGCACAGAAAUACUUAAUUUAUUGUCACAAGCUGUGUAUGUGUAAAAUACCAAUUAAUUCACAGAUGGACAGACAGAACCUCUAAGGAAGCAUCAUGGGAAAGGAAGAGAAACACUCGUCUUCUGAAGAAGUGACUGUGCUUUGGACAAGCAAAAUGUGACUUCAGCUCAAAUUGACUUAAAUUUUUAAUAAGCCAUUUGGAAAAUGUUUUAAUCAGGGAUCUAUGUAUAUAUAAUUGUGUGUUUUUGUGUGUGCAUGGAAAGCAGAACUACAAUUCAAGUCAAUACUUGGAUUUAAAAAUUUGCGAGAUUUGUAAAAAGGGCAAGAUUUUCUUUUUUCUAACAAAAUCUUUAUCUUAGCUGUUGUUAAAGAUGUUCUAAAACCUCUAUUUUUAUCUAACAACUGUUUUUUUAAAAUUUUAAAUAUAUGAAACAGGGAUUAAAAACCAAAUACGACUUUGGAGAAUAGACUUUAAUUUUCUGAGUAAUUCUGGAGAACUCUUCAUUGAAACAGUUUGUUGUAAGGACUAUUUCUUAGUAAAAAGAAAAGGAAAGAAAACCUUAAACAGUCUUUCCAAAAUGGGAAUCGAUAUGGGAGUAGCACAUUUUUAUAGAUAAAUCUUUUCUCCUGUCUGUGAUUCCCCUGAAGGUAGAAACAAAAGACUAUAAGAAAAUGCUUACAGUUCUGGAUGUUAUUGCAAUAAUUGUAAAAGUACAUGAGGAGAAACUUUACUUUGGCAGUGUCUUCAUUAAGAGCUCUCUAGUGGCUUAAAAUGCCAACUGGAAACAGCGUUAAAAUGUAUUUAUUGAGGUGGGGAAAGUGCAUUUUACUGUAUUUUUAUGAACAAUGUUUAUUUCAUAGGAUUAUUUUUACAGUUGGCCACGCUCCUGAAAUAUAUAUUUGUUCCACUGAGUACAGUAGUUUGUGGCAAGUGGGUUUUUACAUAAUAUUACAUUUAAAAAAUUCUUUCAUUUGUUUUGGAAUUUGUAAAAGAAAAGGAAAAAAAAAAGCAAAGUGUGAUUUGGUAGACAAUAAAAUUACUUUUGUCUUAAAUUC